AUGGAAAUUGUUUUUGAUCAUGUUUCAUUCAAGUAUCCUUCAAGAAAUGUGUUUACUCUAAACGAUGUGUCUUUUCAGAUUAAGUCAGGACAGAGCGUUGCUUUUGUCGACCAUUCGGGAAGCGGAAAAUCAACGAUUGUUCAAUUGAUCGAAAGAUUCUAUGACAUCACAGAGGGAUCUAUUACGAUUGAUGGCCAAAAUAUUAAAGAUUUUGAUAUAAGAUGGUUACACAAGCAAAUGCCUUUCAUUUCACAAGAACCAUUUUUGUUCCAUGGAACAAUAAAAGAAAACGUUUUAUAUGGUGUCUUUGAUGAAAAGACAGAUGAAGAAAUCAUGGAUGUUUUGGAACAAGCAAAUGCAAAGAAAUUCUUUAUAUAG